AUGUCGGAAGGAGCUCGAAUGUGGCAAGAUAUAGAAACAGUUAUUCUCGGAGUCGGUGGACCUCUUCACAAUACCCAAUAUCCUGAUCAUGGCGGAGAUCAUUCAGACCAAAGAUAUCGUACGGAUUUACCAAUUAAAUUUGAACCGGAAUCAAAUUACCAAAGUAACUCAACGGGAUACAAUUCGGAAGAACCGGAAAAAGAUCCAUUGGGUGGUUAUUACAAUGUGCCAUCGUCACUACAACCGGAAGAUGUAAAAAAAGAUAAAGAUUAUUAUUCGCCGACGAGAGUGAAAACGGAAAAUAUAUACAAUAAUGAAAUGUUCCUACAUGGUGGCAGGCAGCCGACAUCGGGAGGAUAUACCUAUCCUCCGGCGACAUCGCAUCAUCCACUUCACGGAUUCUGUUCUCCGUACGCAUCAUCUCAACCACCAUCUUUAUAUUCGGCAACAAAUUCAUCAACGUCAUUCACGCAAAUUUCACCGCCUGCGACGCCGGAAAAUUGCACCGGAUUUUAUCAUCAUCAUCAUCACCAUCAUCACGGAGGGGGUGCCAUGAGUUACACGGAUUUAUAUCAUUCCCGUCAUCAUUAUCAUCAUUCUCAAGUGACUCAUUUUAAAAUAUUGACGCCGCCUUCGAGCCCUCACUUAAACGGUCACUUACAACCGUCUUCUGCGUUUCCCGGUACUCACGUGCACACUCAUCCGCACAUAAGUCUCCCGAGGCCGCCACCGGGUUUAACAGAACAACCCGUACCUGCAAAACCGAGACGUAGAAGAAAUUGGAGCAGGAGAAAAGUCAUAGUUCAUACUUGCACUCAUCCCGGCUGUGGUAAAACCUAUACCAAAUCCUCUCAUCUCAAAGCGCAUUUGAGAACACACACUGGAGAAAAACCUUAUCAGUGCGGAUGGAAAGGUUGCAGUUGGAAAUUUGCUAGAUCCGACGAAUUGACCCGACAUUAUAGAAAACAUACCGGCGACAGACCUUUCCAGUGUCGACUAUGCGAAAGAGCAUUUUCACGAUCCGAUCACUUAUCACUUCACAUGAAAAGGCACAUGACAAUGUGA